GACAUCACCAACACGGCGCGAAGUCCCGCGAGCUCCGGCGAGAUGUUCGCGCCCUCCCUGUCAGCGCUGGCAGGAGCUGGGGAGGCGCAGAUCUACGCAGCUGGCGCUCUGGUGCAGCAGAAGAUCUCCGUGCGCGCCGACUAUUCCGGCGUCCAGUCACUGGUACGGGAUGAGGUUUGCGGCCUGGUCCAUGCCUUCGCGAAUUACAGCACGCUGACGGACGGACUCCACGAAGCUGCCGUGGCAGUCCUUCAGCAGCUUUCGGAAGCUUUGGAUUUUCCUGGUGCACCCGAGCCUCUGGAGCGCCGGAUGGAAGGCAAAGACGCCGUGCAGCCGUCCAUCCUCUUCGACCAAG